AUGUCCAAUUAUCCAGGAGAGACUGAGAGAAAAUACGCACGAGCUUAUUUCGAAUUUCUUUCAACUGACUGCGAAAUUCUCUGCGUAGUUCGAACGCAAAGUUCUCUGCGAAAUUCAAACACGAAAUUAGUCUAUUCUUCGAGUGGAAGGGUUGAAUUGGGGCUUUCCAUUAAUAAUUCGAACAAGUUAGAGGAGAAAUUCUACUUCAACCAUCUGCUACUAUUCACGAUAUGUAAUCGAUUCACAAUUCAGAUUGCAGCCAUUGUGAGACCCAACCGCCUUCUCAGAGGAACGGGGGUAGAAAGGUCUUGCCUUCUGCUGCUGCACAACAUACCCUUGAUAGGGGCUUCUCUUCUAAUCUCAUUCUUGCACCCCAAGCAUGCCAGUGAGAAGGUUAAGGCGUUGGGAACAUCAGAGGAGUCUAACAGAGGAAAGAUUGAAACUACUAGCAACACGGAUAUUGAAAAUUUGACCUGUCGUAAAAAAAAAGAUACAGAUGCAACAGCAAUCAGGGCAGUCUUAGCAGUGGCUAUUGCUUUCGCAGCAAUAGCAGCUUUUUCCUCAGCAGCAGCUCGUGUAGCUUCAGCUGCCUUAGCUAAUAUGUACAACAUACAGGUUAUAGCUCAGUCCUCGACUAUGGGUGAUUUUGUGAAGAAUAAUAAUCAGCAACUUGCACCCCAUGUUGUAUCUAUGAUUGUAUCUCAACUUCAAGAAGCUAGACCAUCAAUUCCAAAGGAUGCAUCUAGUACGCUGCAUGUCAGUGAGCGAAAUGGACAGUCUGGUGGGACAAGCAGGACAAUUAACCAGGUAUUGAGUCCUGUUCCGAGACUGCUACAUCCUACAUGAUUAAGAACCUUGAAUACUAAGCAAGUACCAUAUGUUAGGGUCUGGAAUCAGUCAUCAGAUAUUGAGAGGCACAGAUUCAUCGUCUCAUAGAAUUGUUUGCUGGGCAUAUAUUGUCUACAUUUCUGCCCUACUUAUUGGGUUUUGCACAUGCUUGUCUAAUACCCUCAGGAUCUGAACAGCAGCCUCAAGGUGUGAAUCAUCACAUAAAUGCAACGCCCCUCGCUGUAUUAUUGUUCAUGCUCAGCUUGGUUCAAACUUUAAAUACAAUUUCUACUUCCUCCGUCCCAAAACAAUAAGUUGUAUUUGAUUGGAGUCAUUUUAAGGAUUUGAGAUUUAUUUAAUUAAAAAUAGUCGUAUCUAGGUAUUGCUUACUUUUUUGUGAAAUUUCAUGCUUUAUUUGAAUAAACAUGAAGUUUAUUAAAUUAUUUAAAUUAUCGUGUUUUAGCUAGUGCACCAUCUCUAACUUGUGCCCAUUCGUGAUUUAAACUUGCAUGAGCAUGGUGAGCUAAAUGGAGAAGAAAUGUAUAUCUAGCAAUGACACGGUGGAGGCUCUUGUUUGUUUUUGAGUCAUUUUGUGAUUUCUAGUAAUGUUGAAUUUGUUUACGUGGAUUUUAAUUUUAUGCAUUUUUGUCAUUAAAAACACUAAAUUAAUUAGUGAACGACUAUUUUGUAAUGCAUGUGUCCUAUGGGCACUAAUAUUGUAAUAUUACUCUUUAAGUCAAUGAAAAUCUUGUAUUAUUGA